AUGUCCAUUCGAACCCGAAAUAGUUCGUUGGUAAUCACUUGCUCUUUGACAUCGUCCUUGCAUUUUCCCCGCCAGAAGAAAGUGUACUCUCUCACUCACGAAAGAUUCCCGACUGUGGAAGCCGAAUGUCUCUUGAAGCGCUGCAAUGUCCAUUCGAAGCCGAAAUACGCUGCAAUGUCCAUUCGAACCCGAAAUAGUUCGUUGUUAAUCACUUGCUCUUUGACAUCGUCCUUGCCUUUACCCCGCCAGAAGAAAGUGUACACUCUCGCUCACGACAGAUUCCCGAUUGUGGAAGCUGCGUGUCUCUUGAAGCGCUGCAAUGUCUAUUCGAAUCCGAAAUACGCAGCAAUGUCCAUUCGAAGCCGAAAUAGUUCAUUGUUAAUCACUUGCUCUUUGACAUCGUCCUUGCCUUUUCCCCGCCAGAAGAAAGUGUACUCUCUCCUUCACGAAAGAUUCCUGAUUGUGGUAGCCGCGUGUCUCUUGAAGCGCUGUAAUGUCCAUUCGAACCCGAAAUACGCUGCAAUGUCCAUUCGAAGCCGAAAUAGUUCGUUGUUAAUCACGUGCUCUUUGACAUCGUCCUUGUCUUUUCCCCGCCAGAAGAAAGUGUACUCACUCCCUCACAAAACAUUCCCGACUGUGGAAGCCGCGUGUCUCUUGAAGCGCUGCAAUGUCCAUUCGAACCCGAAAUACGCUGCAAUGUCCAUUCGAAGCCGAAAUAGUUCGUUUUUAAUCACUUGCUCUUUGACAUCGUCCUUGUCUUUUCCCCGCCAGAAGGAAGUGAACUCACUCCCUCACAAAACAUUCCCGACUGGGGAAGCCGCGCGUCUCUUGAAGCUCUGCAAUCUCCAUUCGAAGCCGAACGCUGCAAUCUCCAUUCGAAGCCGAGGUAGUUCAUUGUUAAUCACUUCCUCUUUGACAUCGUCCUUGCCUUUUCCCCGCCAGAAGAAAGUGUACUCUCUGCCUCACGAAAGAUUCCCGACUGUGGAAGCCGCGUGUCUCUUGAAGCGCUGCAAUGUCCAUCCGAAGCCGAACGCAGCAAUGUCCAUUCGAAGCCGAAAUAGUUCGUUGUUAAUCGCUUGCUCUUUGACAUUGUCCUUGCCUUUUCCCCGCCAGAAGAAAGAGUACUCUCUCCAUCACGAAAGAUUCCCGACUGUGGAAGCCGCGUGCCUCUUGAAGCGCUGCAGGGUCCAAUCGAAGCCGAAAUACGCUGCAAUGUCCAUUCGAAGCAGAAAUAGUUCGUUGUUAAUUAAUUGCUCUUUGACAUCGUCCUUGCCUUUUCCCCGCCAGAAGAAAGUGUACUCUCUCCCUCACGAAAGAUUCCCGACUGUGGAAGCCGCGUGUCUCUUGAAGCGCUGCAAUGUCCAUCCGAAGCCGAAGUGGUUACCUUUUCCCGCCAGAAGAAAGAGUACUCUCUCCCUCACUAAAGAUUCCCGACUGUGGAAGCCGCAUGUCUCUAGAAGCGCAGCAAUGUCCAUUCGAACCCGAAAUUGUUCGUUGUUAAUCACUUGCUCUUUGACAUGGUCCUUGCCUUUUCCCCGCCAGAAGAAAGAGUACUUUCUCCCUCACGAAAGAUUCCCGACUGUGGAAGCCGCGUGUCUCUUGAAGCGCUGCAGGGUCCAAUCGAAGCCGAAAAAGUUCGUUGUUAAUCACUUGCUCUUUGAAAUCGUCCUUGCUUUUCCCCGCCAGAAGAAAGUGUACUCUCUCCCUCACGAAAGAUUCCCGACUGUGGAAGCCGCCGCUGCAAUCUCCAUCCGAAGCCGAAAUAGUUCGUUGUUAAUCACUUGCUCGUUGACAUCGUCCUUCCCGUUUCCCCGCCAAAAGAAAGUGUACUCUCUCCCUCAUGAAAGAUUCCCAACUGUGGAAGCCGCAUGUCUCUUGAAGUGCUGCAAUGUCCAUUCGAAGCCGAAAAGAAAAAGUACUCUCUCCCUCACUAAAGAUUCCCGACUGUGGAAGCCGCAUGUCUCUAGAAGCGCAGCAAUGUCCAUUCGAAGCCGAAGUAGUUCAUUGUUAAUCACUUGCUCUUUGGCAUCGUCCUUGCCUUUUCCCCGCCAGAAGAAAGUGUACGCUCUCCCUCACAAAAGAUCCCCGACUGUGGAAGCCGCGUGUCUCUUGAAGCGAUGCAAUGUCCAUCCGAAGCCGAACGCUGCAAUGUCCAUUCGAAGCCGAAAUAGUUCGUUGUUAAUCAUUUGCUCUAUGACAUUGUCCUUGUCUUUUCCCCGCCAGAGAAAAGUGUACUCACUCCCUCACAAAACAUACCCGACUGUGGAAGCCGCGUGUCUCUUGAAGCUCUGCAAUCUCCAUUCGAAGCCGAACGCUGCAAUGUCCAUUCGAAGCAGAAAUAGUUCGUUGUUAAUCACUUGCUCUUUGACAUCGUCCUUCCUGUUUCCCCGCCAGAAGAAUGUGUACUCUCUCCCUCAUGAAAGAUUCCCGACUGUGGAAGCCGCGUGUCUCUUGAACCGCUGCAAUGUCCAUUCGAAGCCGAAAUACCAGAAGAAAGUGUACUCUUUCCCUCAUGAAAGAUUCCCGACUGUGGAAGCCGCAUGUCUCUUGAACCGCUGCAAUGUCCAUUCGAGGCCGAAAUACGCUGCAAUAUCCAUUCGAAGCCGAAAUAGUUCGUUGUUAAUCACUUGCUCUUUGACAUCGUCCUUGCCUUUUCCCGCCAGAAGAAAGUGUACUCUCUCCCUCAUGAAAGAUUCCCGACUGUGGAAGCCGCAUGUCUCUUGA